UGGCUAAUACAGCUGUUCACUGCUCAGCUCCAACACCGAGGGCUUGGAGAAUGGGGGUUUGGCGGGGAUGUGCUGGUCGAUGAUUUGGACGUUUGUUGGCUUUGGGUUUAUUAUUGCCUCGCUGUCGGAGAUGGCCUCGAUGGCGCCGACGUCUGGCGGGCAGUACCACUGGGUGUCGGAGUUCUCGUCGCCACGGUAUCAGAAGUUCUUGAGCUACAUUACAGGCUGGAUGUCCGUAUUAGCAUGGCAAGCCGGAUCCGCAUCAGGCUCCUUUCUCACAGGAACGAUCAUCCAGGGCCUGAUAUCGAUUCGGAAUCCCGACUACGAACCCAAAGACUGGCAGGGCACACUGUUCGUCUUCGCGAUGAUUCUCGUCAUCUACAUUUUCAACGUCUAUGCUGCCGACGCGAUGCCCGUCCUCAACAACCUGCUCAUGAUCUUCCAUGUCCUGUCAUGGACCGUCAUCAUCAUCGUCCUCUGGGCCAUGGCGCCCCAUCGAAGCGCCAAGUCCGUGUUUACCGACUGGUCGAAUCAAGGUGGCUGGUCGAGCAUGGGGCUCAGCGUAAUGAUCGGACAGAUCUCUGCUAUCUACGGGUCUCUUAGCUCCGACGCAACAGCCCACAUGUCCGAAGAAGUCAGCGACGCAGGCCGAAACGUCCCGCUGGCCAUCUCCUGGGGCUACUUCACAAACGGAAUCAUGGCAAUCAUCCUAUUAAUCGCCUACCUCUUCUCAAUCCCCUCCGUCCCCGACGCCCUCUCCGACCCAACGGGCUUCCCCUUCCUCUACGUCUUCCGCAAUGCAGUCUCCACAGCAGGCGUCAACGGACUUACAGCGAUAAUCCUGAUCCCGGUGAUCUUCAGCAACAUCCUUUUCAACGCGUCGACUUCUCGCCAGACGUUUGCAUUCGCGCGCGAUCGCGGGCUACCAUUUGCGCGAUGGAUCGCACACGUGCAUCCGCGGCGCAAGAUCCCCGUCAACGCGAUCGCGCUCUCCUGCGCGAUAUCCUGCCUCCUGUCGCUGAUCAACAUCGGCUCCUCGACGGCCUUCCACGCCAUCAUCUCGCUCAACGUCGCGGCGCUCAUGUACACAUACAUCAUCUCCAUCUCGUGCGUCCUGUAUCGCAAGAUCUGGCACCCCGACACGCUCCCCGCGCGGCGGUGGGAUCUGGGCCGCUGGGGACUGCCGGUCAACGUUGUUGCGCUGGGGUAUUCGUGCUUUGCGCUGUUUUGGUCGCUGUGGCCGGGCACGAGCGAGGUUACGGUGGAUGAUUUUAAUUGGAGUGUGGUUAUUUUCGGGGGCGUUUUUGUUGUGAGUUUGGGGAUGUAUGGAUUUAAGGGGAGACGGGAGUAUAAGGGGCCGGUUGUUUCUGUGCAAGGGCGGUUGGAUUGAAUGGUAGACGGUACGGGACUGGGGACAGAUAUAUAGGACGCAGUCGUAGUACAUUUGGGAGGUUGGAAGCGUUAGCAUCAGGAUCAUCACGAUAGUUCCAAUAUAUAUGCCGAACGCGAGAGGCAUGCUUCAAGC